AUGGGAGAAAUUCAGCAAGAAACAUAUAUUGCCUUAGAAGAUCUGUGCAACAUGAGAAAGGUCUUCAAGGAUUAUCUCCAUGGUGACAGGAGACUAGAUAAUGCUUGUAAUGACUCACAUAUCAAGAUCAAAUAUGGAAAAGAUAAGUCAUGUUAUUGUCCUACCAGAAAAAAGAAGCAUUUUGGAAAAUUGAAGAAAUUUCCUCCAAAGAUUCCCAAGCGAAGAAAAUACAAAUGGAGAUAUCUCAAGAAGAAGAAGAAGUCUUCAAGAUUUACAAAAUCUGCCCGUUGUUACAUCUGCAACCAGAAGGGUCACUAUGCAAAGUCAUGUCCAAACAACAAAAAAGGAGCUAAAAUGAUCCAACAGAUACAACAAAAAUCAGGAAUCAGAAUCCCUGAAGAAGACGAUCUUGAAUCAUUAUUCUCCAUUGAUGAUGAGCCUAAUGAACAAUCACUGUGUGCAAUUCAAAGCGUUGAGUACAGUGAUUCUAAAUCUUCAUCGAAUGAAAUAUUGAUGGCACAGUCUCAAACACACUCGCAUUCUCUGCUAUCAAACGUUCAAAGCCUUUCAACCAUUGAAGUUUUGGUGCCACACAUUCCAGUCUCCAUUUACUUGGAAAAAUACAGUAAACCAAUUAUUGUGAUUGCAUUCAUUGAUACUGAAGCCGCAGAGAUUAUUAUGAAUCUAGACGUUCUACCCCCAGGAUUAACCACUACUGUUUUGGGAUCAAAACUUCCUAGAAAAGAUCUCAUUGUUGGUUUUAACCUUUAUACCAAAGCCAAACAUUUGAGAAUUCUACCAGAAGGAUUGCGGUACAAGAAAAUGUUCAAACCUUUUGUGCCAAUUCCAAAAUUAUUCUCAGUAUACUCUGAAAAAAUACAGGAGAUAAUAGAGGAAUUAAGAAAGAAGUCAUGUGCAGAAUCUCAUUCAGAGUUUCUACAGAAAUGUCAAAAUCCCUUGUGGAAAAACUCUGAAUUCUUUAUCAAACUCCCCUUCAAGAAAAAUGAAGAUAUCAAUUUGAAAAAAGCUAGUCAUAUGAGGAUGAAUCCAGAUCAUCUAAAACUAGCUGAAGCAGAAUGUCGACAAUUACAGAAUGAAGGAUUGAUUGAAGUAUCAGAUUCACAAUGGGCUUGUGAAGCAUUCUAUGUCAACAAGAGAUCAGAACAAGCCAGAGGAAAAUUAAGACUGGUAAUCAAUUACCAACCUCUUAAUUACUUCUUACAAGACGAUAAAUUCCCUUUGCCCAACAGAAAUUCAAUUUUCUCAAGCCUUACAAAAUCCCGUGUAUUUUCCAAGUUUGAUCUAAAAGCUGGAUUUUGGCAACUGGGAAUUGAUCCAGAAGAUAGGCCUAAAACAGGAUUUUGCAUUCCAAAUAAGCAUUUCCAAUGGACAGUCAUGCCUUUUGGACUAAAGACUGGUCCAUCACUGUUCCAAAAGGCCAUGAUAAAGAUUUUUCAACCCAUAAUGGACCAGACUUUGAUCUACAUAGAUGACAUCCUCUUAUACAGCCCAGACUAA